GGCCCUUCUACUCCCGCACAAAUGUGCUACUGUCGGCAAAUGUCUACUUCCCAGAAGAAGGCGGACGUGCGUUCUAAAGGAGUUUAUAUUCUAGCUAAGACACUUUGAUAAAUAUGGWUCUUUGUUAUAAACCAUUUGAAUGUGGCCUUGAUGAUGUUGCCAAAGAAGCAGAAAGAAUGGUUAAGAUGGAUAACGCYAGUCGUGUUCUCAAUGGGGUAAAAAAGAACUAUGACAAAAGACUUCGACCCUUCUUUGGAGGAAAGCCCGUAGUUGUCUAUGUGGAUCUACACGUGGUUAACAUCGGGGAGAUUUCCGUGCGCAACAUGGACUAUGCGCUUAUGAUAUACUACCGACAGACAUGGAAUGAUCCUCGCUUAAAGAAUGACUUGGACGAGAACCUUGUGAUCCAGGGUGACAUGUUAAGCGACAUCUGGAUUCCUGACACAUAUUUCACCAAUGAAAAGACGUCACUAGUUCAUCAAGUCACCAAAGAAAACUACCUGCUCAUUCUAAUGCCGAAUGGGACAGUAUUUUUCAGCCUGAGAAUCUCAAUCACUGCCAUUUGUCCAAUGGAUUUAAGACAAUACCCGAUGGACAGCCAGGUCUGCAAACUAGACAUUAUGAGCUACGCCGGCUCUGUCAAUGACCUGAGGCUGAAGUGGAAGUUCGGUGAGACAGGAUCGGUAUCAAUGGAUAAAGAUAUUCGCUUACCGCAGAUGGACCUGAUWCAUGUCAUCGGCAAUGAAUACGAGGAGGUUUUCCCGUCAGGAACCUAUUCAAGAUUGUCGUUGACGUUUCGAUUCAAGCGAAGACUCAAUCUAUUCAUUACCGAGACGUAUCUUCCGUUAGUCCUCAUAGUUGCAUUGUCGUGGGUAUCGUUCUGGAUCAACUACCGGGCAGCUCCAGCCAGAGUAGCUCUGUGCAUUACGACGGUUUURACGAUGAUAACGCUAAGCGGUGUUGUCCGAGCGUCGUUACCUAAAGUCACCUACACCAAGUACAGUGACUAUAUCUUGAUAGUAGGCCUGUUGUACGUAUUUGCUGCKCUUGUAGAGUACGCCAUUGUCAACUACUACGACAAUGUCAAAGAAAAGCAAAAACAAGACAAGAUCAACGAUGUUGAAAUGACAAAAAUUGACAUGGAUGAUGGUGAGGUCGACAMAAUCAUAAGCACAAGCCAUCCAAAAGGUUUCAUUGCAAAACUUAAAAGAUGGCUGAAUACAGAUGACAUCCAAGUUGACUCAAUCGAUAUAAAAUGCAGAUUCCUCUUUCCUGGAUCCUUUGUUCUUAUUAACGUGAUAUUUUGGAUCUAUUUUGCAGUUGAUUCAUCGUAAUUUGAAAUUUAAAACAUUMAAAUGUUGCCAACAAGUUGCACCAAUUGACAUCKCUUUAUUGCAUUAAUAAAACAUUSUUUUUCUUGU